AUGCUCGACAGUUUGAAGAACUCACGAGUUUCUGAUCCAAUGUCGCGCGUCCGCAAGUCCAUCUUUGGUGUCAAAGGAGCUACACGCAUUGCGACGCAGGCAGAUAACCAGACCACCUACGACGAAAUAUACGAGCGCGAUCGACUGGGCGAAGAACUGGGCGAUGAAGCGCGCGUCUGGCGCGUCCUGUUGGACGAAGGUCGGGCGUAUGAUGCUGUGAUGUUGCCGCGCUUGCGUGAUCACCUGGACGUUGAUCUUGUCUUCGCAGGCUUAUUUUCAGCCGUCCUGACUACCUUCGUCGCGCAAACAUCCCAACCAGUCCAGUCCGACGAUAAUCGCGCAGGUUUGGCGCUUUUGUCGGAACUCGUUGCCAUCCAGCGGGCCUCACUCAAGCUGCCUCUUGACAGAGUGCCCACCAUGAACGCCGUCACCGCGCCAGUCCCGGAUCUCUGGAUCAACCGGUUCUGGUUUCUGAGCCUGGCCUUCAGUCUGUUCGCCGCCUUCAGCGCCGUUGUUGUUCGGCAAUGGCUACAGGAAUACGAAAGCGAUAUAGUUGGUCCUUCCAAACGCCGAGCUCUGGUUCAUCACUAUCGACACGUCGGCCUAGACCAUUGGAAGGUCAAGUGGAUGGUGCCGGUCCUACCCAUGCUGUUACACAUCUCUCUUCUGCUAUUCUUCGUUGGGCUCAUCCGCUAUGUCCGUCAAUCUGAUCCUUCCAUGGCGCAUGGGAUCAUCGCGCUCACCAUCCUUUUCUACACUGUGUAUCUCGUUGCGAACACCCUGCCGGUUUUCUUCCCACAGUGCCCAUAUCGCUCGCCAUUGUCGACUGGCGGCUACUGGCUCAGAUCCUCGUUGCACUGGCUGAGCGCGAUGCUUCGCAGACAACUGAAGGGAAACAGGGAAGACUUCAAAGCUCCGAGCGAUUACGAAUGGGACGGACUAUCACGGCGCCUACACGACGUGAUGUGCGCUAGCCUUGACUCAGCUAUACGAACAUCGUCAGACUUGUCUGUCGCUCCUAUCGUCGUGCAGGCUGCAUCAAGUCUCCCCUUCUAUCCGAAGGCUUCAGCUUACAGCAAACUGCCCUAUGGAGCGCUUCUCCGCGACAGCAUCAUUCCCUGGCUCCAUACGGCUUCGAACGCACGAGGGAUGACCCUCGACUACACGCCGGGCCGAGCAAAGGAACUCCAGUGCAUGGCAUGCAGCCUGUUGCUCGCUCCCUUCGAAGAGAUCCGCUACAGCCUCGAAUAUCGCGUAUGCGCCCAACGUAUCUUGCAUGCACUCGUGGCGGCAAUAGAAAAGAAUGAGGAGGAGGAAUUCGACAAUCGCGUAUUGGGCGCGAUCAUCCUUAGCCUAUGUCAUCGACUCGACAGGCAGCUCUUCCGGCAAACACAGCCUUGCCACCUGGAUGACAAAACCCUUGAGGAGGUUUAUGCCGUGUACGCCCCAUCGUUCAGUCACAAGUCUUCCACGCGGCUUCGCCUGCACCCCCAGGUUUGGCAUAACGUGCUCGAAUUCUUGGCUUGCACCGAUAAGCGCCAUACAUCACCCGGCCGCUUCUCACUCGCGAUGCUUCUGUGGCGGAACAUGUCUGACAGCUCGUCCGAUAGCCAUGGGCAGACACAGUCCACUCAGACACUAGAGCAGUGGCUCUGCAUUACAACAGGCUUGGACGGGUUCCCAAUAGACUCGGGCGAGUUCCAAAGAGACCGGGUCAAUUUGGCACAGCGCGCCAUUCACCGCUGCCUAUGCUCUCGUCAGGAACUUGAAUGUGCAUAUGACGCGGACGAGAAAUGGUUCGACUGCCAUCUUGAAGAGGAGGAAAUUUGGAGGCACGUUUGUAUCCAGGCUAUCAAAUGCCUUACCGGGGACAGUGACCCAUCCAAUCCACCUCUCGUUGGAGAAGAGGCGGGUGCUUUCGAUGAUGACAUUGCUUUCCUAGCGAAAAAACUGGCUUCAACGCUCACUCCCUCAUACGCCUGGCAGUCCGUCGACACCGCACUGACGCUAAUCGGCCGUCCCGGCCUGCGGCCACAAUUCUACGACGUGCUUGCCAAGAGGUAUUGUGGUGCAUUGCAGGAGGGUGUCGCUGUCCCUCGAGCGUGUAUCGGACCCUUGUGCUUGCUCUUCAUCAAUCUGUAUUCUGUGACGCCGAUAUCGGAUGAUCGCCGGGACCUGGACAUUCUGCAGGCACUGGACACCCUCAUUCGAAAGUACGCCAACGACGUGUUCAAUGCAAUUCCCCACAUGGCCCAUGAGCUGGAUUCCGUGAAGGCGUUGUGCUCGAUGUCAGGCUACAUCUUGCGCCAUCCCCGAUUUGGACGUCUUUCUCUGGUGAUUUCUGGAAUACUUGCGACGUACCUUCAAAAGCGCGAAAAUCAUGAGACCGACCCUGGACCGCCUCACGGUCGCGUCGGGGAGCGCGCGAAGGACGCAACGAGGGACGUCGAGCAUCUGGAGAAUUUACCUUGGUAUAUCUGGACAGAUGUCCUCAGCAUGGCGCUGCGGAGCCCGAGCGAGACUACCGAGUCAUGCUUACAGGGCAAGGGCCCCUCCUCAUUCCAUAAUAUCCUGCGGGCACAGAUACAUCUCAGAUCGCCGGCCUGGAAGGAGGCGAUAAGCGCCGCUAUAGCAUGUCCCUUGCCACUGGCAGUGGGAAUGGCCCUUAGAGACCCGCGUGGCCUCGAGGCUUUCCGCGAGCUGGAAUAUAGCCUGCACCCAGACGAAGGCAAGACGGAAGCGCCGGACAGCGGACUAAGGCCGCAGAACCUGACCGUUUCUAUGGAUGACAAGGAACUUGAACGAGCUCGCGCAGUUCUGAUCGAUCCAGACGAAAUGUACGAGGGCGACGUGCUGCCUAUUUCGAGACUCAUCCCGCUAGGCGAUUAUAUGAAGCGAGUAGACGUCGAGGCCACGCGUGUCUCUCGCGACCACUCUAAGAUUUCAAGGGAAAGAGUAUUGAGUCAUGUCAGUGUACCCGAGGGAAGGACCCUCGUUAGUCAGUCCGCCAACCGUGGCGACGCACAGCAAGGGCUCUUCAGAAGGUGGCGUACAAGAGUCCAAACUCUCGUCGCGCCUGAGUCCCAGCCUCAGCAGCGCGAAGACUCUGGACCUACAAGCGGCGCCGAUGUCACUGGUGUUGCCACGAGCCCGAGGAGCAAUUCUGUUGUCAUGUCCGACGCAAACCACUGGAUAUUCUUCAACACCAUUUCAUGCGAAGGCGUUCAUUGCAAGCUAACGCACCUUGGUAGACAAGGAUGCAUCUUGAGCGCAUACGGCCAUCAUCAUUUCUGGAUCUCGAUCAUCGUCCACGCCCUGCGCACCUCAGACGACAUGUCGGAAAGAACACUAGCGGCGUCUUCAUCUAGUGAAUACAUCCCUGUCGCACGCAAGAAGAGAAGGAAUAAGGCAUACCAACCUCGCCCCCUUCUCGAGAGGGUUCAGCUCGUACUGGACGAACUAUGCGGCCACGGAGAGGAUGCUCUGUGGGCUGAAGAAGUAAAGGGCUACUGCCUCGGUCUCGGCAGUCCUGAAGAUUCUGAGCCUGCUCGGGUACAGCUAGCGCUGCUUCUACACCUUGUUGAUAAGCUCAAGCUUCCCAGAUCGAACGUCACCCUAUACGAUCCCCAGUUUACAGAUGCUGAUUAUAGGCUCUUCGACGAUCUUGGACUGAGAGUGCUGGUCACCUUCCUCCAGCCACGUCACUUCGCCACAGAACCCACGCUCUUCUAUAUGAUACACUGCGACAUGACGCUGUAUGAAGCCGUCUUGAAAGCGAAUGAGCCAAACCUAGAGCGCGUACUUCUCGCUGGCAAUCGUCUGCACCAUUAUGUGGAAAACAAACCGACCCGCGAGCUCGACAAGGACGCCCCGACGCUGCUCCGUCUCGCACCGCGAAUGAGCGCGCAAGUCCUUCCAACGUCGCCAAGUUGGCCAAAUGCGAUGGCGUUCACGACCGUGCAGAGGAUACAAGGGAUGGAUGAACAGAGGGAGAAUAGCGACGUCUCCGCCUGCGGCGAAGACGACCUCGCUGACUCGCUGAGCAAAUCGGUGAUCAACAGUAGCGACGCGAGGGAACCCUAGUAAGCAAUCCAUCUGCCCGAAUCACUAGCAGAACUCGAUGCUUUUGCACCCCUCUCAAUC